UAGGCUUCUCUUCCAGAGGCUCUUGUUGCCUUUAUAUUUGCCAAAGAAUAUAAUCUCCAUGUAGACAUACUCAGCACAAUGGUUAUCUUUGGAAUGGUGGUUACUUUGCCAGUAAUAAUAAUAUACUACGUGUAUAAGUAAUUUUGGGACUGGAAUUCUUAAAUGCUUCAGACCUGAGAUUCAUAUGCACAUGGUUUUGACAACUUGUUUAUCUUGAGUGCAGUAUAUCAUGGUUCCUGUAUGCCAUGUUGAAACUUGAAUGUCGGCAAAAUGGAGAUUGUAAUUGCAAUUAUUCUAUACUACCUACUUAUAUUAGAUGGCUGAUAUGUUUUAUACCAAUUAACCAUGUUAAUGUAUAUAGGUGAUAAUGCAUCAGUUGAGCUAAGGUAAAUGUCAACAUGGGUAGGUAGAGUGGAUUAAGAAGUGUAUGGUACUGUGAUUCUUCUAUUUUUAUUUAAUUUUUUUCGUUUUGUGUAUUUUUGCAUGUCUCUGCUAAGAAAAGCCGCAUGAAAGGUCUUGUGUUGUACAACAAAUAGGCCCCUAUCGUCAAAUAUAGUCGCUAAUUUAUUAUUGAGUGAAAGAAAAGUCCCUAAAAUCUUGUGAUUAAAUUGACACGUAUACAGAUGUAGCUUAUCUAUUAUUGCAGCUCCAGAUUUGUUUAUUCGAUGAAUUUGUUAUUUAAUCUACUUUCAGAAGUAUCACAUCUUUUCUUUUGAAAACUUUAGCUGAAAUUAGAGAACGUGAUUGGUGCAAUGUGAUUACUUGUCAUAUGGAUACUGCCAAGGCAUAUGUUUUGCGACUUCAAAACUUUGUUCUUGGUGAGCACAUAUUGAAUCCAUGUCCUAAAAAUCCAACACCUAUAAAGGCUUGUGCUAUCAGUGCUUGUGGCAAUUUUGCCAUUCUAGGGACAGCAGGUGGUUGGAUUGAAAGGUUUAACCUUCAAUCUGGAAUUCGUAGGGGUUCUUACAUUGACAUUUCAGAAUCAAGAAGUUGUGCUCAUGAUGGUGAAGUAGUUGGAGUUGCUUGUGACUCAACAAAUACUCUCAUGAUUAGUGCAGGAUACAAAGGAUCAAGUGGUGGAAGCAAAACACCUUAGACUUAGGACUUUUAAUGUUGUCUUUUUUUCUUAGAUGCUUGAAUAUUUUGGUACUCUUAAUGUUGUCUUCUUUUUCUUUUUUUCCAAAUGCUUGAAUUGGUACUUUGGUGUAGUUAUGUUAUA